AGAGCUGGGGGCUCAGUUUAAUAAGGGAGCGAGCGAGCGAGCGAAGCAGACAGACAAGGAAGGAGGUGGCGACGGUGGCCGCGGCAAUAGACGCGGCGGCAAGGGGAAAUAAAACAUAAGAGCAAGGGAGCGGAGGAGCAUGUCCGCCAUGGGCUCUCCGCGCCUGUGCGCAUUCUCUGUUUCCUCAUGAACUGGCGCUGAAGAGUGGGGGCGGGGAACGCUGAAGACACCCCAAGGCCCCCAGGCAUGGCCAGUUCGUGUGCUGUUCAGGUGAAACUGGAGCUUGGGCAUCGAGCCCAAGUGAGGAAGAAACCCACAGUGGAGGGUUUUACUCACGAUUGGAUGGUGUUCGUAAGGGGACCGGAGCAUAGUAACAUUCAGCACUUUGUGGAGAAAGUCGUCUUUCACUUGCAUGAAAGCUUCCCUAGGCCAAAAAGAGUGUGCAAAGAUCCACCAUACAAAGUGGAGGAAUCUGGAUAUGCUGGUUUCAUUUUGCCGAUAGAGGUUUACUUCAAGAACAAGCUUUCCUGUGGGGUAUUCUUCUGGAUGACAUCUGUGUUGCUGCCACAUGAGCCCAGCCUUCGACCUUCAUCUCUCAUUAUCGUCUUGACACAUGUGAGCGGUCCACCAGCCCUGUGGGCAGAGCGGUGUUGCCUUCUGACAACCCUCCGACCGGAAGAACCGAAGAAAGUCCGCUUUGAUUAUGAUCUAUUCCUGCAUCUAGAAGGUCACCCACCUGUAAACCAUCUUCGCUGUGAAAAGCUUACUUUCAAUAACCCAACGGAAGAAUUCAGAAAAAAGCUGCUGAAAGCAGGAGGGAUCAUGGUAAUGUCAGAUGGAACAUCAGCUGCCUCAGGGCAGAGUCUUCAUCUCCCCAAUCUUCCAAGUAAUUCCCUGUCUUUUUCUGAAGUGAAGAAGAAGUCAUCUCAUGGGCCAAAGGACCCAAGUAAAAGUGUAAGCACUAGCAGCAGCAGUAGUAACAGUUUUUCAAAACCCCAUAAAUUGACAAAGGAGCACAAGGAGAAACCUUCUAAAGACUUGAAAGAGCAUAAAAGUGCCUUCAAAGAACCUUCCAGGGAACAUAACAAAUCUUCCAAAGAAUCCUCUAAAAAACCCAAAGAAAAUAAACCUCUAAAGGAUGAAAAAAUUGUUCCUAAAAUGGCCUUCAAGGAACCCAAACCUAUGUCAAAGGAGUCAAAAUCUGAAAACAACAUACUUACCAUAACAGGUGGACAGCAACAAGAAAAGAAGGCCCCUACAAAAAGGCCUCCUGGUAUGGAUUCUGAGGAACUGGUGGCCAAAAAGAAGAAGAAAAGUGGCUCGGAGACUUUAUUUAAAAGUUUUUCUCAUACUUCCUCACUGAUACUUAGUUGUUCUACUGCUGACAAAAAACAGACAAAGGAUAAGUCCCAGUUUAAAACAGGGAAAUUCAAAAUGGAAAGUGAGCCACUAGAGAAGAAACAUAUAUUACCGCCAUUUGAUGAUAUUGUGGACCCUAAUGAUUCCGAUAUGGAGAAUAUGUCAUCGAAAUCUGAAUCUGAGCAACCUAGUCCUGCCAGUUCAAGUUCCAGCUCCAGUUCCAGUUUUACGCCAUCUCAGAACAGCAGACAGCAAGGUCCUUUGAGGUCUAUAAUGAAAGAUCUGCAUUCUGAUGAUAAUGAAGAUGAAUCUGAUGAAGCAGAUGAGAAUGAAAAUGACUCUGAGAUAGAGAGACCUCUAAAUACUUGUGGAGGAAGCAGGGGCCGCAGGGUUAGUUUAAGUGAUGGAAGUGACAGUGACAGCAGCUCAGCAUCUUCACCACUACGUCAUGAACCUACAUCUUUAUUAAAAACCAACAAUAACCAGAUUCUAGAAGUGAAGACCCCUAUAAAACAGAGUAAAUCUGAUAAACAAAUUAAGAAUGGAGAUUGUGAUAAGGCAUAUCUUGAUGAACUAGUUGAGCUUCACAGAAGGUUAAUGACAUUAAGGGAAAGGCAUGUUCUACAACAGAUUGUAAACCUUAUAGAAGAAACAGGACAUUUUCACAUCACAAACACAACCUUUGACUUUGACCUUUGCUCACUGGACAAAACCACAGUCAGAAAACUACAGAGUUAUCUGGAAACAUCUGGAGCAUCCUGAGGACAUCGCUCUGGGCUGCAUCAAGACUGCUCUUUAAAACAUUUUUUUUUAAAUCAACUAAAUAAAACAUUCAGAAUGAUGCAGCCAAAAUGGCACACUAAAAAAAUCCACCAACUCUCUUCUGCUUUAUUGUUUUGUUUUGUUUUGUUAAAACCAGUCAUCAUCUCUUGAUGGAGAAGAAAAGUGACAAGCCUCAGAGGAUUGCUCUUCUCACCAAGGAAAUACUCUGGAAGAGUUAGCCUGGAUAGCCUUGAAAAAAAAACACUUAAUGAAUGUGUAUGGUAUCAUGUAUCUCUCUGUGGCAUUCCAGGCCACAAGAUGAAUGCAUGUUCAACACACUGCCUUAUUAUAUAACUGAUCUAUUUAUUAUUGCAUAUUCAUAUUCUGACAUCCUUGAGGGAAUGACACUACCAGAUGUUACAAGUUCUUGUGUUCCAUUAAUGAUCCCAUGAUGCAUCACAAGCCUCAGACUUUAUCCUCAUUUCAAUGCCACUUUUUCCUGACUUUCUGAUACUCCAUUUUUUACCACUCUAUUGUCCUGGUUUCAUUUCAGCAGUUCCUGCAAACAAGAUAACAGAUUGGGGAGGGUGGAGGAGCAAGAAAUAUUUCUCUCUCUCUUUUUGAACUUUACUCUUUUUUUUAAGGAAAAAUGCCCAGUCUGCUGCAGCAGAAUGGGCACCCAGGCUCUAAUCAUUGUGUAUUGAUCAUGGACCAUGUUAAAAAAUGCACCAAAUAGGAUCAUGACUUGCUUUCUCGCCUUAGUCAAUAAAUCAGUAGAACUUUUAUUAAAGAAAAAAAGUGUUUCUGAAUGCUAUCGUAAAUCCAGUUUUUUCCCAUAAACAUUUUUGUGUCUGUUUUAAUGUUGUAUUAGAUAACUAUUAAAUUGAAAGCACUCCAGACGUUUGCCAUAAAAAGGAGGAACACUAUUCCAGUUCUUUACAGAUAUCUUAUAGAAAGUCCUUAAUUUGGACCUAUUUAUUGCUGGGAGUUCCAGCACUCAGCUGCCCAGAUGCGUAGUUCAGUCUUUUGUUUAUAGGCAUAUAGGCACAACAGUUGAUGCUUUAAUUAUUUAUGUGGCCUGUUUAGAUCCUGGCUUCAGCUCUUUUUCUAUCUCAUGAAACAUUCCUUGUUCAAGCUGCUGUUAAACAACAUGUUGGGAAAUUGUUUCCAAGUUUCAAAUUUUGUUCAGUACCCUAUACUCAUUUCUUACUAGGGCUCUUAAAGAAAGAAGUUGGUUAAUCAUAUCACUUUUAAGUGAUUAAUCAAUUUAGAUCAAUUUUGCAUCUAUUUGCAUGUAUAUAAACAAGUUUUUUUUAAAUGAGAUUUCUUUUUUUAAAGGUAAUUUACACAUACCUUGGCAGGCACCACCUUCAAACCAGAGUUUAGAAAAAUUACUCUUUUGGAUUAAAACUUGAAGAAUCCCCUUGUCAGCAUGGCUAGUGGGGAUUGUGGUCCCAAAAAUGCAGCAUACCCAAAUUCUGCUUAGAACAUGAAUACUCUGCUAUGUUGGAGGAGUGAUAUGCACCUGUCUGGAGUUUUUGUUUUCAAAAAAUAUCAUCUGCCCUAUUAAGUGGAGGCAUAUCUAUGUUUUCAAAUAUAUUAAUCUAAAUGAUGAAUCGAUUUAACAUUUGUCUCCUGAUUUGCCAAAGUAUUUAUUUUCAAUUAAAAACAAAAAUGGCUUCAUAAAACAAGUUAAAAAUCCUUUACAAAAGGAGGUGGGAAAGAGACAUUUCCUUCAAAAAUCCAUUGAAGUUUGGGUUUCAUUUUUAAAAAUGUUCCUUAAGAAAUAUUUCCAAGUCUGAAGAAUCAGUCAGCAUUAAGAAUAAAUAGCCUGUGUUAAGAGAGGCCACCAUGUUACCAAUGUCAUUUCUUGGCUACAAAGUCCACAGACAGAAACUUGUGUGCAUUUGAUUAUUUCAUGCACAUGGUUCUGCACGUUAUGUAAAUCUAGGUUCCUAGGAGGAGCAUUUCUUCAUAAUCAAAUAGGAAUUAUUAAUACUGUUUUCUUUAAAUCCAAAGAAAUUGUGUUCUUUUUCUUUUUUCAACUCUCUCUCUCUCUGUGUGUGUGUGUGUGUGUGUGUUUGUUUGUGUGUGUGUUUGUUUGUUUUUAAAUUAAAAUAUUGUUUGACCAUAAUCUAUGAAAGUCUUUCUCAGGCUUUCGAAAGAACAAGUGUACUUUUCUUCAGUAAUGUUAUGACUCUUAUAGAUGAUUGGCAUGAAACAUACUUGAAGCGUUAUGUUCUUUUUUAAGUCCACAUGUUAAUUAAUGUGCAAUUGUUGGGGUGGGAGGUUUCUGAAAUACCUUGACAUCAGGCAGAUGAUGUUCAAGUGUGAAAGGGGGGGAAUGUUUGAGUAGGUUUUUUACAUUUUUGUUAACAUUUUUAUAUGAAAAAUAUUGAUGAAAAUCUAAAGGCUAACUUUCACUUUUUGAUAGCACACAUUCUACUCAGCAUGUUUCAUUUCAGUCGAACACAAAAUGUGCAUUUGUGGGGUCUAUUUUGACUUUUCUAACUAAAUUUUGUGGCAAAAACUCUUAAGUUGUUGGAAGGAACUCAGCUUGGGAUAACUUGAAUAUAUUGGGCAGGUCACUGUUCUUAGUUUGUUUUUGUUUCGUUUGUCAUUAAAACCAAGUAAAAUGUGUCCCUUGAGCCACAAAAAUGGUAGCUGGUGUACAGAAUUUGUGGGGGUGGAGGGGUUAAUUAUGUAAAGGGAAUAUUACUGCAAUUACAGUAGAUUCUUAACUCUGGCUUGCAUGUAGUUCAUCAGUCAUCCUUAUAAAAUGGUAGUUAUCUAGUUUGGUGAGAAUGAGGAUGGAAUAAACACAUUUCAGCUGCAUUUGUGUGUUGAAAGUAAAGAGUGUUUUCCACAAAAUUCUGGUAAAAUAAGAGCCAGUAAGUGGUGUCCUUUUUGGAAAACAAAUAUACUUUAGUUAUUUUGUAUGCUGAAACAAAAUAAACCCUUUUUUUUUCAAUUAA